AUGCCUCAGGUGUACGAGAAAGAGAUUGUCUAUGAUUAUCCGGCCGCACACACCCUGCUGUGGCUCAUGCGCAAGUAUCCGAACCCGCAGAGUCCACAGGUGUUUUCAGUGGACACGAUAUCGCGGACUAUGGAUCCGGAUACGGGCGUCGUGAGGAGUGAACGGAUUCUGGGGAUCAAGCAAGGUGCCCCGAAGUGGAUCACAAAGCUCUUCUCCCUACCUCAGACAACAUACGUCCGCGAAGUCAUCUUUAUCGACCCGGCAAAGGACCAGGCGACCAUGAUGUCCAUGAAUCUCGACCUCGCGCAGUACAUCAACGUCCUCGAGUACAUCACGUACACUCCCUUCCCGCGCGAACAAGGCGGAACGGCGCCGUCGACACUGUUCAGGCAGCACGCGCUGAUGCACUCGGCCUUCCCUACGCGAAUGAUCGCAAGACGAAUCGAGAAGGCUAGCGUGGACCGGUUCAAGUCCAACGCCGAGACGGGCAAGAUGGGUUUUGACUGGGUAUUGCGCAAGGGGCUCGAGUUCAGCGGCAACAUGAAUGGAAACGGUAACGGGAACGGCGCGUCGUUGGCGUAG